CUGUGCACUGCAACGAAGAGUAGCCUCUGCUCACUGCAACUAGAGAAAGCCCGCACACAGCAAUGAAGACCCAGCGGAGUCAAAAAAAAAACUCAUAGGGUCCAAGAGCUCCGUUCACCUGGCUAUUGUGGUUGGUUCAGAUAUGACACAUGACCCAAGCAAGGCCAGUGAGAGCCCUUGUGUAGGACUUUACUAUAGUGGAGUCAGUAGGGAAAACUGCUUUUGCUUCUGUGUUCCUGGAACUGGAAGGAUAUCUGUGUCUCCAGCAGGAUAGCACAGGCUCGCUCACAUGGUUGUUGUAGGUUUCCAAGAGAGUGAGUGGCGCAUGAGGUCCUCUCAAGGCCCAGACUAGGCACUGGUACUUCACUACUUCUGCUGCAUCCUGUUGACCAAAGUACAAGGCCAGCCCUGACUCAGAGAACGAGGAAAUAGUCUCUAGUUUUAAUGGGAGGAGUUGGAAGCCAAAGGGAAUGGGUAUAGGCAGGCAUGGAAAAAUGGGACCAUAACUCAUUUACUAAAAAAAUUAUUAUGUACAUAUACUUCAAAAGUUAAGAAAUUUCCUCAAGGUCACAUGGCUAAUAAGCGUUAGAGACAGGAUUUGAGCCUUAAUCUCCUGACUGAAAAUCUCACUCUUUCAGUAUUUCUCUCUAGUCUUGUUGAUUGAUCUAUGUAGUCCAGAUGUCACAACUUAAUUAGUUUCUAAAGCCCUGUUCUUAGAUCACUUUUGAAUGACUUGUAAGUUAUUAUGAUGAGUUCUUUAUUAUAGUAAAGGUAUUAACUGUCCAUGAAUUGGUUUUUCUUGAGCCAUACUUAUAAGCAUUUUUAUUCAUAUUCAUAUCCACAACAAAAGGAAGUUCAUAUUUUUAUCUUGCAUCACAGCUAUGAUUUGAAAUACCAGAUGUUAUUUGUAGGAGAAUAGAUAAAAUAACUUGUAGUAUGUAGCAAAUUCUUAAAUGAUACUUAGAGGUAGUGAGGAAACAAUGAGUUCAGGCAAGUGGGAAGGUGGAAGAUGCUGAGAGCUAUAGAAAGAGAAGAAGCCUGUCAACAAACAGAAGAAAGAGACAGUGGACCUCAAUCCUGUAGGAUUCUGAGGAGAGUAGUGGUGGUAGUGGCUAUCAUUUAAGCUGAGGAAUCUUAUAGCCUAGGGUGAAAGGCUCCAUGCAUAUUCCAGGGAUAGCUCUUUCCAAGGAUCCUCAAAAGGAUAGGUUAUGGGGAGCAGAGACAGGCACACAGAGCCUGGUAUUGCACUCUAAGACUCAGAUGCCCCAUACUGUGCCUCUACCAAAAUAAUUUAGCUCAAACCCUCUGUGAAUGCCUAGCUUAAAAGUCUGGGUAUUAUAAUUCUUCCUCUAGAACAGUCCUAAGUGUGUUGGGGGAAAGGGAUGGCCACAUAGGCAACUUUAUCUCAUGAAAUUCAGUGAUUAAAAUGCACGAUUGCUGUGAAGAAAGGAAGAUUAGGAAGGUAUAGAAACAAGCAGAUUGUGGAAAAUGAAAGGAGACAACUGUCAGAAACUUUCUUUCUGCAAUUGAAGUAAGGGCUUCUCCCAGAAGGUAGCACUAGUGAUUAGAACUGAACGCUUGUGAACAUUUCAGAGAUCAUUUGGUUUGAGGUAGGAUGACUGGAACUCACACCUGGGAUAUAAACAUGAGAAAGGGAGUGUUCAAAUGGUUCAAAUGAGACAGGAGUAGGUGAAGGAGGACAAGUAAGAAGACAUCUCUGGAUUGGUGAGAAAAGCAGAUGGUUUUAUGCCUUAGAAACUGGCUAGUAGGGGAAAAGGUCAUAUAUAUAGUUUUUAAACAUCAUAGUAGCCUAUAUGUUCACCUUCUUUUCAUUACAUUGGUAAACAUGCCAAUUUAAUACAAGAAUAGGUUCUGAUUUUAGAAUCUGGUGGUCAGGAAAUUAUGGGGUAUCAAAAGAACUGUAGCAUGUUCUCCUCGGAGCGAACAAGACAGGGAUUACACUCUCCCUGAUGAGCUUUCUAAGUGAUUUUUUUAAGGAGGUUUGUGCAUUCUGUGUUUAGAAGCACAGAGAACCUUGGAAUGGAGAAUCAGUUUUCCCUCUUGUCUGUUAGUCUGCAUCCGGGCACUGGAUGACUCUGCCUAAGUCAAAGAAAUUUGGCCUGCAGUCAAGGCUGGAUCCCAGGGCUGUGGGACCUGACGUUCCUGUACCCCAGGUCUGAGAUUUUGUCUGUAUCAGAUUGUCAUCUGAUUGCAGACUCUUUCCCUUACACUAAAAGGUGCAGGGUUCUAACUACAAGAGUGAGAAUUCUGUAUAAGCCUGAAAUCACUUUUCAACAUGAACCAUUUGAGAUAAUAGAUCACAUUUUACGAUAUUAAGGAAAAUAACCCAAGGAAAUUAAAAGAAAACAGAUCCAUGGCCAUUAGAUAGGACUGUCUCAGAAAGAAGACCAAAAAACCAAAAAACACGUUCAAGUACGGCAACUUCAUAUAAUCAUUUUAAGCUUUUAAAUCACAAGUCUGAGCUGUAGGAAUGUCUUUGUUGAUAAAUGCAGAAGAAGGAUCAGCCACUGGAACCAUUUAUCUUGCAUUUGUUCAAAGCACUGAAUAAAUUACAGCAAAAUUUAUAGAGUUUGGAAUUUUACUGUGAUGUGACAAGUACUCAAAAUCAAAGAUUUGUUGAAUUUGCAAAUAAUAUAUAUUUACAGUGAUUGACCCUUCUUCUAAAUCUGUAAUUUAAAAGGGGAGGGGGGAUACCGCCGGCGGGAUCCGGGUUUCCAAGAGUGAGGGCUGCUUGGCUGGUCAAGGCGGCCACAGGCUGGAGCCAUGACCCCGAACCUGCGCACCACGCUCAUUUUCGGCGGCUUCAUCUCCCUGAUCGGCGCCGCCUUCUACCCCAUCUACUUCUGGCCCCUAAUGUGGCUGGAGGAAUACCAGAAGGAACAAGCCAUAAAUCGAGGUGGUAUUGUCCAAGAAGACGUGCAGCCACCAGGGUUAAAAGUGUGGUCGGAUCCAUUUGGCAGGAAAUGAAAAGGCUAUCACCACCUCUGAUUAUGAAAGGAGACAGAGUCUUCAUGCUUUCAGUUCUGCAGCAAGUACAGUAAAUCACCUGGCUAAAGAACGAUGGCUGGAGAAGAAAACUCUAGAAGGCUGUAAAGAAGAGUAGUGUGCACCAGGAUUAAUUCCCUUCUUAAGUAUCAAAAGAACCCUGAAACAAAUCACACCAUUACGAAGGUUUUCAUGAUUUGGUUUCCUUUCUAAAAAUGAAGCUUUCUCACCCAGCUGCAUUUGGAGGUGAUCUACUUAUUAUUCAGUCUCUACCUCUUACCUACCUGAGCUUCGAUAUGAAUACUAGCAACCAGUAGACUUGGGAAGAUCCUAGUCUGUUUUGCCAUCUUCCAAAUAAGAAGUUUCAGUGAAAAACCACCAUAUUGAGCAGCCUCAUAGGGCUCUUUGAAAAUGUUAAAGUUGAUAAAACUCUUUGAGGACAAGGUACAUUGUACUCUUUAAGAAUAAAGAGUUCAACUCAACUAUCUCAUUGGGAGGGUUGCUGCAUUUUGAAAAAUAAAUAACUAUGAAGCAAAUCAAACUAAAUGGGUAUGCAUGCCUAGUAGAAAUCAUGUUGAAUUAACUGAGUGAAAAUAUGUAUAUUAAAAUGAUUUCUUCUUACUU